ACAGGUGAUGAUCAGGGGCGCGCGCGUUGCCAUGGCGAAGCGUCACUAUGACACCAGUAGCAGAAGGCGAGGCGGGGAUUCAGAGAUUUCACGAACUCCUUCAGUAAAGCACAUUUUCCUCUUCAAAAGCUACAAUCUCCGCCAGACGACGCUUGAUUAGAGGACAGACGACCAAACAACCGCACUCGCCCUCUCUUUAACGUAUCGGAUAACGUUUUGCUAAUCGUUUGGCGUCGUCUCUACAGUAGAGAGUGUUGUUUGUUGUCCUAGUUGCACGAUAUAAUCCCAGCUAGCUAGCUCGCCAUGUAGCUGGCUAGCGAGUUUGUGAGCCGUUAAUCGAGCCACAUCAUGAAGAAACCGACUAUAUAGAUAUGGAUAACGUUACUUAGAAGAGCAAGAAACUGGGAGAGACAUGGACUUGCAUGAGGAUAAUCAUGAAUCAGAGCACAGCCGAUUGUCUCACCAUAGUGAUGGGAAGAUCUCAGAAUCUCCUUUUCAAUCUGAGAAACAGGAGAAAUACAAAAAAAACAUCAAGAGCUUGGCUGGGGAUCAUGUGCGAAUCAGAACAAGAGAGCCGGCCGGAAACCCAGACCCUGAUCGGUGUUCGGAUGGAGAGCGUAGCAGUGCCUCUUUCUACUCGGAUGAUUAUGAAAAUGUCUCGCACUCGGAUCGGUCUCUCUCGCCGUCAGCCUCUCCGUCUCCACAAAGAAGAGGGAGGUCUAGGAGAGUGUCCAGCAGCCCCUUGCAUCGAGCAGCUGUACGUAAAGGUGUGUCACGCCGUCUCCUGCCCCACUCCCAUCAUCCUCAGCAGUGGUCAGGAGGCAUCCGAUCCCAAACUUUGAAUAAAGAUGCUCCAUCCAAAGAAGUGGACCCAGUCACCAAACGCAUGCUGUCUGCACGUCUGCUAAAGAUCAACGAGUUGAAAAAUGCAUUGUCUGAACUGAGGCUGCAUGCAGACGAGCUGCAGCGUGAGAACCGUUUACUGCGACAAAUGCAGCUGCGGCAAGAGAAAGCUCUGCAUCACUACAAUGACACAGAAAGUGAGAUCUCGCAGCUGUUGUCUCGUCACAACAAUGAGACUCAUGUACUGCGUGAGAGGCUGAGACGCAGUCAAGAGAACCAGCGCACAGCUGAGCGCAGCGUCAGGGAAAAAGAUGCCCAGCUCCAGCAAUGUCGCAGCCAGCUACAGAAACUGCAGCAACUCGCAGAUGACCAGAAUCUUGGAGAGAGGGAGGAACUCUCGCGAAAACUAACGUACACUCAAGGCAAAUCGCAAGAAAGUGAACGCAGAGUGAAGGAAUUGGAGAAGAACAUGGAGCUGAGCAGUGGGAGCUUUCAGAGGCAGCUAGCUAAUGAGAGGAGGAGAACUCACGAUGCACAACAGGAAGUUAAAGCACUACAGGAGGAAGUGGAGAGACUUUGCACUAAACUAAAGGAGAAAGAAAAGGAGCUGGAUGCUCGAAACAUCUACGCUAACAGGAUGCUAAAAGCUUCUUCCAGAAAAGAAGCAGAGAAUGGCAGCAAGCGAAAAGGAGGCUCCAGUACAACCAGCACUAAGGCAGUACAGACAGAGGACAAGACAUCCUCACUGGACUUUCCAUCGCCACCUCCAACUCUUACCAACGAACUCCCACUUGACGACCAGACCCAUGAUUACCUUUCUUUGAAGCAGAAUCAGCAAGGUAGGGAACAGAGAUCUAGAGAAGCAAAACAAUGGAAGAUCCAAGAGUUUUGGAGGGAAAGGGAGAAAGAAAGAGACAUGGACUCUGAGAUGGAACAGACAAGGGAGAAGAAGAGAGAAAAAGAGAUGCCGCAUGACAGAGAAAGUGGCAUGGAGCUGCUGAAUGACAGGGAGAGGCAAAGACAGCACAGCUCAAAUGAGAAGAACUCAAAGGGAAACAGAGGCCUGGACAGAGAGGAAGAAGAUUGGAGGAUUGGCCGGUCUAUAUCUCAAAGGGAGGAAGAGAGCAGGAGGCAGUGUGAACAGGAAGAGGAACAACCUAAAGCAAGAAAUGUAGAGAUCCAGGCUGGCAAUCAAGAGUGUGCUGAAGAGGAACAUCAGCGCAAAGAGCAGCUACUGGCUAAGAUGCGUGAGAUAGACAUGCAGACUCAAGGUCAGGACUCAGACUUCUUUUCUGACGACACAGGAAGUGUCCGCUCUCCUCCACGGUUGUCCGAGCAACGGAACCACAAUGGUAUUUUCAAAUUUACAGAGCCAGAAGAGAACACAUUUGCGAGCGGGAGAAGAGUAGGUGUUCUCCAAGCACAUGGAUCAAGCCAGGAUCUUGACCUUGCUUUUGGUAGCUACGCCCCUUCUUUUGGUAAAUCUGCCCCACGUGCUGGUUUAGGUGCACGCAAUGCAAAUCAGCCACCCCGAGAACUGGAUGAAGAGAUGGAUCUGGGUGGCCUGGUUAAGGAAAGGAAGUCAAAGCUCAUGCAGCAGCUUUUUGGGGCCUCUGCCACACCACCUCCUUCAGAUCCAUCCAGCGGGAUGGAGAUCCUAAGCACCCCUCUAACAAGCCAGUUCCCAUCAGGAUCAGUAGGUGGACGCAGGAGGGACACAGACACACCAACUGGACUAAAUAUCAGUUCUCUCCCAAACAAUAGGAGCACUCUGCAUGUCUCUGAGAGCCGACCCGUGGUCAGGGCCAUUACGUCAUUUGAUGAUGACAUAGAAGAAGUCACACUCUGAAUAGGGCGCUUUUAUAGCCAAUACG